AAAUAGACACCAGAGUUCAGGCUGAGACCGAAGCGCGGUGUCUGUGCUUUCCAGCCGAAGGGGGGAGGAUCUCUGUGUCUUUAAACACUUUUCCCUGAUCAUUUAACCACACACUUCUACAAAAUGGUCAUUAAAGUCUUCCUGGCAUCCUCAUCGGGAUCGACGGCGAUCAAAAAGAAACAACAAGAUGUUGUCGGGUUUCUUGAGGCACUUAAAAUCGAUUACGCACAGCUUGACAUUGCUUCAAAUGAGGACAACCGGCUGUGGAUGAGGGAAAACGUCCCUGGAGAAAAGAAGCCCACCACUGGAAUUCCUCUCCCUCCACAGAUUUUCAAUGAGGAGACGUAUUGUGGGGACUACGACACAUUUUUUGAUGCCAAAGAGGACAACACAAUCUAUGAAUUUUUGGGUCUGACACCUCCACCAGGAUCUAAGGAGGCACAACAAGCUGAACAUUCACAAAAGCUUCAUAAUGGAUCUGGCACAGAGGACCAUCUUGGUGAUGACACAACAAAGAAGGAAAUCAAGGAGGCUGAGCAAAACGGAGACGCACACACAGCAGAGCUGGAGGACCCGGGCGAGAAUGUAGAGACGGACGCUCAACAAGAGGAUGAGGAAGAGGAGGAACCCGCAGAAGAAGAUGAAGAGAGUAGGAAGGCAGCUGAGGAGGAAGAGCAGGAAGAAGGAGAAGAGGACAAGGUAGAGGACAACCAUCUGGUCUCAGAGGCAGAAGAUGAUUUGGUGUCUGAGGAGGAAGAAGAACUGCGAGAGCUUGAGGAGGAAGAGGAACAUGCCUCAGAGGAAGACUAGUAUUCUGAAACUGAGGAUUUUGGACCUGGAUUUUCCCACACAGCUUGAAGUUCCCUGGAGCCGUCCAAAAUCCCCCACAAACACAUUCACCG